AUGCCAGACUCAUCCGACGAGUCGGGCCCUGAUGGCGUCGGCCUCAUGCAAAAUGAUGCAUCCGACCGGGAGUCCUCAGACAACGAAUCAGGGACAGAAGCCGGCGACGCCCCCGGCCAGGGCUUUCUCGACGUCGAAGCUUCAGAAGAGGGGAAUAGCGACUCUGACGACUCAUCAGAGUCGGACUCGGAAGAUGCAUCUAUCCUCGGUGAAUACCGCCGCAAGGCUCCACGGGUGUUCUUUCCCGAAUUUCGCAGACUUCCCAUCGAGCUUCGUCAUCGCAUUUGGCAGUACUUUUGUCCAGAUCUCGACCCAUCACCACGCGUCUUCUCCUUCCAGGUGCUGCCGAAUCCACGGCAAGACACUAUUUGGGAAAGCACGACCUUGGAGAACCAGAUUGCAGCGGUAGAUGCCAUGUUGCGCGUUCAUCACGAGUCUCGAGACAUUGCACUCAAGGCAUUUCCAGACACCCUGGCGAUUAGGGAGAGUCGGCGCAUCGUUCGGUUUAACAAAGAACGAGACGUCGUUCACCUCAAUGGCGUCAAGCGCGUUUGGGACCACAACCUCGAGGUCCUUGGCUUCUCUGAGAACAUCAUGAACAUGGCCAUGGAUGGAUCUAACCUGGACGCCAAUGAACUACGGCUUCUUCUGGCCUUUCCUAACCUCAAGAACCUAUUCGAUUUCCAGUGGCAUAACGACAGGCGCAUACCGCACAGGUUGAGGUGGUGUGCGUCGGAUCUGGUUCACAACUACGAGAUCCAGCAAUUACGAAGAAAUGUGGACAUUGGCGAGGAUCUUCAUUUCGUGUACUGCUGGCCAGAUCUCACGCAGCCACAGAAUCGCGAAUUCGCAUUGAAGAAGAAUCUAUCCAAGGAUGAGAUAUGGAUUGAUCUCUUCACAGAAUUGUUCGACAUGGUGGAGGAGGGCUCCCUUCACCUGAAAUCGGGUGAAGCUGAGCGGCUAGAAGAAGUCAGUUAUUGGCCUAUGCAAUGCUUUGGCUGGGAUGCAGCAGACCGAUUCGACGCUUUUCGGGCAAAACACGGGGUUUCUGAUGGAGACAAACCCGCUGCCGACGGUUCGGAAGACGACAAGGAAGAGAAAUCAGGGGACGACUCAGAAGAAGAUUCGGACGACUCCUCGGACCAGAACGAGUAUGAAAGCGAGGGAAUCGACGACGGAAGCAUUCACGAGGAGUCCGUAGAUGAACACGAGGACGAUUUGCUUAUCGACACGCAACAAGCAAGCGAUGAUGAAGAAGGUGGCGGAGGUGUGUCAGACUACGGCGGUUUCUCUCCUCUAGCAAAUGAGGACAGCACGCUCUUCGAUGGCAACGGCCCUAGAAACCCCACAGCUCACUGGUCCAGCCCCGAGCCGGAAUCAGGAGAAGAUAACCAGCCCCACGGAGGAAGGAGGAGACGACAAAUCGCAUCGUCUGACGAGGACGAAGAAUCAGGGGAGGAAGAAGCAGAGGACUCAGGCCGCAGCACAAGUCGACGUGGUCCAGUGGUUAUUUCCGAUGAUGAAGAUGAAGGGGAUGAGGAGCAGCCUUCUCAGCCUACGAGUCGCCGGGGCCGCGUUGUUCUAUCAGAUGACGACGACGAUGAUGAAGACGAAGCGGCGGAGAAACCUGCAAAGCCUACCGGUCGUCGUGCACGAGUCCUUCCCUCAGAUGACGAUGACGAAGACGACGAUGAAGGUGGGGCUGAUAUUGCCAACAAGGAGGCACGGGAAGCAUCAGACGCGGAGAACGAAGAAGAGCGCGCGAAGAAACCUCUAUCUCUAGCUGAAAAGCUCGCUCGCAACCGCCGCGACAAUCCGGUAUCCGAAGACGAGGAGGAGUCUGGAGAGGAGAGCUCCGAGGAGGAGGAGGAAGCACAGCCCAAGACGAUGUCUCUCGCGCAGAAGCUCAUGACGCAUCGCAGACGGAAUCCGAUUGCCUCCGAGUCAGAGGACGAACCCGAGGGCAGUAUCGUCGGCAGCGAAGAUGAUGACCUCGAAGAUGAGGAGGAUGAGGAUGAUGAAGAUGACGAGAAUGGCAUGUUUAUGAACCUGGCGGAUGAGGGCGAAUCUGGGGAUGAGGAAGGGGACGAGGAUGAAUACUAG